AUGGCACUUGGCGCCUCGGUAACAUUUGGUACCGGCUCAACUACCGGUGAUAGCUACCGGAAAGACCUCCAGGACCUUCUCGCCUCUCAAGGUAUCACUGCUACAUACGUCGGCACUCGAGCAAACGGCAACUUCCCCGACAACGCAGUCGAGGCAACAGGAGGCUUCAAAAUUGACCAAAUUGCUGCAUCAGCAGAUAAGGCUGUGCCUGUUCUGAAGCCGAAUCUCGUCCUUGUAGACGCAGGAACCAACAACUGCAACAAGGGCGGAGAAGUGCCUGACGCAGGGUCGAAUGUUACAGCGAUGGUAAACAAGAUAUACGAGAACAGUCCAGGAUCGACUGUGAUACUUGCGUCCAUACUUGCCAACAAGGUCCAGGAGCAAGACGCAUGCCGAGAGAAAAUCAACCAGCAAUAUGCCGCCCUCACAACACAGUUUCAGGAGUCAGGUGCUAAGUUCGCGCUUGUGGACAUGCGUGGCUCAGACGCACCAACUGUCAACGACCUUGCAGACACCAGACACCCGAACGACGAAGGUUAUAUGAAAAUGGCGCGUGUGUGGAUGAAGGGAAUUGAAGAAGUCAUAUCCAAAGGAUUUAUUAUAGCAGGAAGAUGA